AUGCCCGGUAUUGAUUGUGAACCAAUACAGAACGACAUCAAGAUACGCUACAAGAUACACUACAAGAUACACUACAAGAUACGCUACAAGAUACACUACAAGAUACACUACAAGAUAUGCUACAAGAUACGCUACAAGACACGCUACAAGAUACGCUACAAGAUACGCUACAAGAUACGCUACAACAAGAUACGCUACAAGAUACGCUACAAGAUACGCUACAAGAUACGCUACAACAAGAUACGCUACAAGAUACGCUACAAGAUACGCUACAACAAGACACGCUACAAGAUACGCUACAAGAUGCACUACAAGAUACGCUACAAGAUACGCUACAAGAUACGCUACAAGAUACGCUACAACAAGAUACGCUACAAGAUACGCUACAAGAUACGCUACAAGAUACGCUACAAGAUACGCUACAAGAUACGCUACAAGAUACGCUACAAGAUACGCUACAACAAGAUACGCUACAAGAUACGCUACAAGAUACGCUACAACAAGAUACGCUACAAGAUACGCUACAAGAUACGCUACAACAUACGCUACAAGAUAAAACGGCUAAAAAUGUUCAGACAGAACUUUGUAAUUCUAAGAAUGAAUUUAUAA